AUGCCCGGUCUGUUUGAGCUCGCCAGGCAGUUUUGCUGGCUCCAUAUCAUCUACAUCGUCAUCAUGUCAGAGGAAGUUGUCGAAAACACGAUGCCCAAGGCUGGGCCUUUUGUCAAUCCACCUCUGCCAACAGCAGUCGAUCCACACGAAAACAACGCUCGCCAUGGUGCUUCGGACGAAGGGCAUACCUACAAGGCAAAAGGAACGCCCAUCGCCCAAGUCCUCCCAUCCGACUUCGAACUGAUCUACAAGUAUCCCGAUAGAGGUAGCAACAACGGAGUCACUCUAAAGAUCGAAAACACUGCGCCGCUCAAAAUUCAAUCCUACGACUUUGAAUUCGAAGAAGAGGUUGUACGUUUCAUGGCCAUCUGGACUUGGACCAGAGACACCAGAAAUAGCAUCGAUCAUUUCGUACGACUAAGCGGAGAUGAAUGGCACGAGACGUUCUUCAGAAUCUAUGCUAGCCUGGUCGGCGAAGGCAAUUUCUCUUCUCUGAUCACCAGCUCACUCAAGAGUUGCAUCAUCGAAUGGCUAAGACAAGAGAUGGCGCAAAGCUCCGAUCCUCGAGAGCUCCUCGACACCGUCUACAAGUUCUACAGAUACCAUCCAAGACCUGAUUCCGAGAACGAACUAGAUAUGGUUUUUGCUACCAUAUACAUACAUCGCGAGACAGACCACAACGAAUGGGAGGAGAACGGACUCAUCAGUCGUAUGACGGACAUCUUCACCACCCGACUCUUGCGCGACGCUUGGAUCAGACGAGGCUGGAGCAGGAUUCCCAAGGAUCCACUUACUCUCCCGUUGAAACAGUGCUGCGGUCGUUUUCAUUUCGACCGCCAACCUGAGGAAUGUCGUAGGAGAAGGGACUUGGUCAGGACAGUGAUUCCUGAAAAGUUCUUCUAUUUCCGACUUUCGUGA